UUCUUGGCAGCGGCGUUCGGAGAGCUGGCGACGGACUCCUUGGGCGGUGCAGCUGCAAUUACUGCCUCCUUCGCCUUCCGCGCGCGCUCAGGGCGGGACGGCGGUUGCGCGCCGAAACGCCUUUCUGCUCACACUCAGUCCUGCGAAGGAGAAGGCGGUGGAGGAUGUUCCCUGUAGCCAAGCAGUUGCUCCGGGGAUGCAGGAGAUGGCAAGCGUCUCCUUCGCCUCAGCCCCUGAUGCUUCUCGCCCUUCCUCUGGAAGGUGGAGGGAGAGGACAAGGGGGCUGUUAUGCCCAGGCGGACCGGGUGCAGAUGCUUUGUCUGAGACAAACUGGAAAUUUAAGACACCACAGAAGAGCCCUUUAUAGUACACUAGUGCCACCUGAUGAAGUAACUGUACAUUAUAAACAUGGGCUACCUGUGAUAACCCUUACAUUACCCUCGAGAAAAGAACGUUGCCAGUUUACUGUCAAGCCGAUGCUAACGACUGUGGGUGCCUUCUUGCAGGACAUACAGAGAGAGGAUAAUGCAAUUGAAAAGGUAGAAGUCUUCACAGCAGAUGGCAGCAUGAUUUCUUCUUCAACAUUGAUGGAAGUUCUGUUGAUGAAUGAUUUUAAACUUGUAAUCAAUCAUGCACAAUACAAUGUACAUCCUCAACAGAAAGAUAAAGUGUGCACAGAACAUGCUUCAGAGAUGGAUGACAUCAAGUCCAUGGUCCAUAGAUUGUUUAUAGCACUCCAUUUAGAAGACCAUCAGACAAGGAGAGAGAGAGAAUUAAUGCAAAAAAUGGAACUUCUGAAAGAAGAAUUGCUACCCCUAGAGCAGCUAAAAGCUGGAAUUACAACAGAUGUUGAUGCUAAGACUUCUCGUCUUCUAUGGAUUGGCUUAGCCUUAAUGUCGACUCAAGGUGGAGCCCUGGCAUGGCUUACUUGGUGGGUCUAUUCAUGGGAUAUUAUGGAACCUGUCACUUAUUUUAUCACCUAUGGAAGUACUAUGGCAUUCUAUGCUUACUUUGUGCUUACUAAACAGGAUUAUGUUUAUCCAGAUGCUCGGAAUAGACAAUUCCUCCACUACUUUCACCGGAAAUCCAAAACCCAGAACUUCAAUGUGGAUCAGUAUAACAAAUUAAAAGAUGAUCUUGCAGAGGUGGAAGAAUCCUUGAAACGGCUGAGGAACCCCUUACAAUUGCGUCUUCCUAUCCAAGAAAUAAAUGGCAAACAUUAAUUUUUGAUAACCUUGUAAAUGUAUUAGCCUUGUUGAUUUGCCUCAUAAGAUUUGAAAAUGAUUAUUUUGAACCAUAGUCUUGUUGUUUUUGAAGCGGUCAGGUGUGGAAAUCUGCAAUAAAUAAUUAAAACUGUUUCUGAUAA